AAUUUGCACAUGUAAAGUUAUCGAAUGGCUGAAUCAGAGCAUGAAACUUCCCAUCUUGCACACGUAAUACGUGAUAUGGAAAAUGAUUUUGAGUUUGCCAUCGGGAUGGUUUUUUCUAAUGAAGAUGAAGCAUAUUAUAAGUAUGUGGCUUAUGCAAUUGGAAAAGGAUUUGGAGUGAGGAAGGGUCAUACGGUUAAAAAUAGGAAAGGAGAAAUAACUCGACGAAUAUUUUUGUGCAAUUGUGAGGGCCAUUCUGUCACCUCAUCUAAUCAAGAAAAGAAAUUUGAGAGGGCUGAAGUUAGAUGUGGGUGUCCUGCUCAUAUCAAAUUUAAGGUUGAUAAUGGUGUCUAUGAGGUUAUAGAGUAUGUUUCUGAGCAUAAUCAUGCAUUUGUACCGGAAGAUCAAAAGCAUAUGAUUAGAUGUGGAAGGAUGAUAUCCGAUACUUGCAAAGGUGUUUUAAGUGGCAUGAUGAAAGCAGGCAUUGGUGGGACUAUGGCAUAUAAGUUCUUAGCAAAUGAAGCAGGUGGAAGUAAAAAUUUGGGUUUCAUUCUACGUGAUUGUCAAAAAUUUUACAGACAGAAAGCAAUAAGAUUAUGGAAGGGGGAGAUUGUCAACAACUUUUGAAUCAUUUCCAUCGCAUGCAAAUGCAAAACCCAAUGUUUUUCUACGCUGUACAAGUAGAUCAACAAGGUAGAUUGACAAAUUUAUUUUGGAGAGAUAGUUUGUCCAAAUUCGAUUACGAUUGUUUUGGUGAUGUGCUAGUGUUUGAUUCCACGUAUCGAACUAAUAGAUAUAGUUUGAUUUGUGCACCUUUUGUUGGGGUUAAUCACCAUUGGAAAAAUACUGUGUUUGGUUGUGCAUUUUUGUUGGAUGAGACGGCGGAAUCAUUCAUUUGGUUAUUUAAUGUGUUUUUGGAGUCUAUGGGAGAUAAGGCUCCUAAAACCAUAUUCACCGAUCAAGAUCAAGCCAUGGCAAAAGCCAUUAGAGUGG